GUUCCUUUGAGAUCAGUAGAAAGUGAGCUAUGAAGCAAUAUGUCAGCAUACUUCUAACGCUGGCCGUUGCGUCAGGAUACUGCUUGGAUAACAGUCAUUACUGUCCAGAACUCAAUGACCCAGUCGAAGUACAUCUUUAUCCACAUCCAACUGAUUGCAGUAAGUUCCUGAUGUGCAAUUGGGGUAAACUAGUGGUGAAAGACUGUCCCCCCCGUCUGCUAUGGAAUGACGCUAAGAAAUACUGUGAUUGGAGCUGGAAUGUUGAAUGUGGUCAAUCUUCAAGUUCUACCGCGAACCCAAAUCCCGAAUCUUCGAGUGCUACCGCGAAUCCAAAUCCCGGAUCUUCGAGUGCUACUUCCAACCCAAAUCCCGGAUCUUCUACUGCUACCGCGAACCCAAAUCCCGGAUCUUCUAGUGUUACUUCGAAUCCUAAUCCCGGAUCUUCUAGUGCUACCGCCAAUCCAAAUCCCGGAUCUUCGAGUGCUACCGCCAAUCCAAAUCCUGGAUCUUCGAGUGCUACUUCCAACCCAAAUCCCGGAUCUUCUAGUGCUACCGCGAACCCAAAUCCCGGAUCUUCUAGUGCUACUGCGAAUCCAAAUCCCGGAUCUUCUAGUGCUACUUCCAACCCAAAUCCCGGAUCUUCUAGUGCUACCGCGAACCCAAAUCCCGGAUCUUCUAGUACUACUUCGAAUCCGGGUGCUGGAUCCACGGAUGACUGUCCUGAAGAGUACAAUCCAGAUCACCAAGUCUAUUUUGAGCAUCAAGACCCAACCAAGUAUUAUAUCUGCACCUACGAAGGCUCCAAACUUGAACAACAGUGCUUACCAGGACUGCUCUGGGAUCAACGUAAAGGCUACUGUCACGACCUGGUUCCGGAUCCAGACUGUCCCUCAGUGUACGAUCCAGACAAGCAGGUCUAUUUCCCACAUCCAGAUCCUACCAAGUAUUAUAUUUGCACCUAUGAAGGUGCCAAGCGUGAACGGCAGUGUUCGCCGGGUCUGCACUGGAAUCAAACCCGAGGCUACUGUCACGCGUAAUGGGAAACUAGUCAAACUGGAUCGAACGGGUGUGCACUUCUGAUCACCGGAAGUUUUGUAAUAUAUAUGUUUAUUCUCUAACCAGCAUUGUCUGUGAUACAGUGAAAGAAAUAAAUCAAGUAUCAAUGAAA